GUAGUAAUCAUCACCAACAAACCCCAACCGGUUUGAUAACACUGAGUCAUAAAGCCAUACAGUAAGUGAGACAGUCCACUUCGCGAACCUUGUUUGGCGAACCAGACGCGAACCAGCGAGAGAAAUUAUAUGAAUUGCAGCGGCUUUGUGUAUACUUGGUAGUCAGCCGUACAUCAGUUCCGUUGAGAUCUUAUUUGCGUGGUGGACGUGUUUCGUGCGCGUCCCACCCGGCGAUUGUAUUUCCUCCCAUUGUCAAAGGAUUUAGUAAUUAUUAUUCUGUCACCUUCGGGCGGAACAGUUCGGUCACGGUGUCCCCACUGGCAAUGUGAUGUUCGAACGAAGUGGAACCCAAUAUCUUCUAGUUUCCAAUCGGAUCAGUCAGUAUUAAAUGUUUGGAUAAAGCUGUAGCGCAUAAGGCGAGCGAACAAAGAGUGAUGGCCACACAAGACAACGAUGCAGCCUUCGAUAGGAUUAUGGAAUCUGUUGGGGACGAUGGACCGUUCCAAAAACGAUACAAUUUAAUAUUCAAUGUUAUUGGAGUGAUGUUCUUUGCCAUGACGGUAGUGAAUAUUCUGGUGAUAUUGACCGUACCGGAGCACAACUGUUUGGUUCCUGGCAAUGAGCAGCAUAAUGUCAGUGGCAUCGAACGUUGGAAGAAUCUCACUCUGCCGAGAGCACUGAAUAGUCGAGGCGAGUUGAGCUUCAGUUCCUGCACAAUGUACAAUAUUUCAAAGUACCCAACAGAGACCAGUACCAGUGAGUGGAGGUUUGAAGAAAAUGAUACGAUACCUUGCAUUUAUGGAUAUGAAUACGACCGGCAAUACUUUGAUUUGAUACCAAUAACGGAGGAAAAUUGGGUCUGUGACAAAGAGCUGCAUGCCACCAAUAUUUUUGCAUUCAUUCGGUUUGCGGAAGUGAGCGGGACGUUCGUGCUAGGACAGCUAGGAGAUCGGAUAGGUCGCCUUCCGGUAUACCUCAUAAGCAUUGGAGCCGCAACCUUCGGUAGAGCUAUGGCGGUGUUGGCCGCACCGCAUUACUGGCUCUUUGCCGCAUUGGCCUUCGUAGGAAGUUUCGCCUCCAACACUGGUUUCCAAUCUCCGCUGAUUGUAGCGAUGGAAAUCUCUAAGGACGAAAAUCGCGCUGCACUGUCCCUGUGGCAGCUAUUUGGAUGGACAGUCGGUGUCUGCGUGACUCCACUGAUUCUCUGGUGGAAUCGUAACUGGAUUUGGUUCAUGCUGAUAACAUCGGUACCCUGUUUGCUGUUCUACUGUUUUCCUCGAUACAGUAUUGAAUCUCCAAGAUGGCUCGCUAGUCAAGGUCGGUACCAAGCCUGCAUCCGUCAAUUGAAGAAAAUUGCGAAAGUUAAUGGGAUGAGAUUCAAUUUGACAGUGGAAGAACUCAAAGAAAGGAUACCACAGAAGGAAAUCGAAAAGACAUUCGGUAUUGCCUCGUUGUUCAGUGGUUGGCAUAUGACUAAGCUAACAACUUUGUUACUAAUAUGUUGGAUUUGCAACACUAUUCCUACGUUUACGCUGUUCUUGAUGAGUAUGCAAAUGGGUGGAAACCCAUUCUUGAACCUAUUCUGGCAAGGAGCCGUUGAGUUACCUGCAUAUUUCUGUGGCCAAGUCCUAUGCGAUCGAAUAGGACGGCGACUAACCAACAGUGGAGCCUAUCUAGGAUCAGCCGUAUUCUGCAUUCCAGUAGUCUUGAUUAUUCAUCAAAGUGGAAACGAACAAUACGUAACAGUAUUUGCAGUAAUCGUCAAAUUUUUCGUUUGUGUAACCUACUUUGCACUGUAUCUCCAAUCAUUUGAAGUAUAUCCUACAUCACUGAGACAAACAGGAACUUCGUUCGGUAUCAUAAUAUCUAACGUAUUUGGAGCCCUUGGUCCGUACAUAGUAUACCUCGGCACAAACUUCGAUAUCCGGCUUCCAUUUGUGGCUAUGGGACUCAUAGGAAUGGCAGGAUUUCUAACAUCUAUUUAUCUCCCGGAGACUCUAUACCAAAAGCUACCCGACACUCUGGAAGAAGGACGACGGUUCGGUAAGGAUCAAACAUUCUGGAGUUUGCCGAGGAAACCCAAGGACCUGUGCACCGAGAUGCAAUACAAACUAAGCCAGUAUGAAGCGAUAACUGAAUCUCAAACUGAAUAGUGUACAAUAAACCUUGAACGGAUUAAAAAUUCAUAUUUCAUUAUAAUGAAAUAAUACUA